AUGCAUUUUUGUUUGCGGCUCGCGCGUUUCCUUCUGAUCUCCGCGGUAUUUUGCAUCGGUCUCUGCUCUGAAGAUGAGGAGAGGUUGGUCCGUGAUCUGUUUAGGGGAUACAACAAACUCAUUAGACCUGUUCAGAAUAUGACGGAGAAAGUGCACGUAAACUUUGGCCUGGCUUUCGUGCAGCUGAUCAACGUGAAUGAGAAAAAUCAGAUCAUGAAAUCGAACGUGUGGUUAAGAUUUAUCUGGACGGAUUACCAGUUGCAAUGGGACGAAGCGGAUUAUGGCGGAAUUGGGGUUCUCAGAUUGCCACCCGACAAAGUUUGGAAACCAGAUAUUGUAUUAUUUAAUAACGCCGACGGUAACUACGAAGUACGUUACAAAAGCAACGUCCUGAUUUAUCCAAACGGCGACGUCCUUUGGGUGCCUCCAGCGAUCUAUCAGAGUUCCUGUACCAUCGACGUCACGUACUUUCCCUUCGAUCAACAGACCUGCAUCAUGAAAUUUGGAUCUUGGACCUUCAACGGUGACCAAGUGUCUCUGGCUCUGUACAACAACAAGAACUUCGUGGACCUGUCCGAUUAUUGGAAAAGCGGUACAUGGGACAUAAUCAACGUCCCUGCGUAUUUAAAUACCUACCAGGGUGACUUUCCAACGGAAACAGACAUCACCUUUUAUAUCAUAAUCAGACGCAAAACUCUAUUCUACACGGUGAACUUGAUCCUACCAACAGUUCUGAUCUCCUUCCUUUGCGUAUUGGUCUUCUAUCUGCCCGCCGAAGCUGGCGAAAAAGUGACACUGGGCAUUAGCAUUCUCCUCUCGUUGGUCGUGUUUCUGUUGCUGGUCAGCAAGAUCCUGCCACCGACGUCCCUCGUGCUCCCAUUGAUCGCCAAGUACCUUCUGUUCACCUUCAUUAUGAAUACCGUCAGUAUUCUGGUAACCGUUAUCAUCAUCAACUGGAACUUCCGUGGACCCAGGACGCACAGGAUGCCACAGUUGAUCAGAAAAAUCUUCCUCAAGUACCUGCCAACCAUACUGCUGAUGAGGAGACCCAAGAAGACCAGACUCCGAUGGAUGAUGGAGAUCCCGAACGUGACCUUACCGACGUCAACUUACUCUGGCAGCCCGACAGAGCUUCCGAAACAUCUACCAGCCUCUUUGGCCAAGUCGAAGAUGGAGGUGAUGGAACUGUCCGAUUUACAUCAUCCUAAUUGUAAAAUCAACAGGAAGGUUCAUCAUACCACCAGCGGUUCGAGCGCUGCUGGCGGAGAGGGACUGACUGAUAGAAGAGGAUCUGAAAGCUCGGAUUCGGUGCUACUCAGUCCGGAAGCUAGCAAAGCUACCGAGGCUGUCGAGUUUAUUGCUGAACACUUGAGGAACGAAGAUUUGUACAUACAGACAAGGGAAGAUUGGAAGUACGUAGCGAUGGUGAUCGAUCGGUUACAGCUUUACAUUUUUUUCAUCGUAACAACAGCGGGUACCAUCGGGAUCCUAAUGGACGCGCCGCAUAUAUUCGAGUACGUGGACCAGGACCGUAUUAUAGAGAUCUAUCGUGGAAAGUAA